CUGCUGUAUGUUUGUGUAGGACACAUUGUCAGUUAUUGCGAGACAGAUUCUUCUUUUUCUGCUGUGACAGUCUGUUAAUAUGAUAUCCAUCAUUUGUCUGACUGGAAUAAUAGCUACUGUACUGCAGAUUUCCACUGCUCAGGAUGAUCCGUUUCUGGAGUUACAGUCAAAAAUUUUGACUACUUAUCCUAAGGUCAUUGUUGACAUGCAUAAUGCUGCGAGAAGAUCAGUAAAUCCAACUGCAGCAAACAUGCUAAAAAUGGAGUGGAAUACAGAGGCGGCUGCCAAUGCUGAAAGGUGGGCCAGAACCUGCUCGAUGAAUCAUAGUCCCUCAGAACAAAGAACAAUCAGUAGGGGCAACUGUGGAGAAAAUUUGUACAUGUCUUCAAAUGAUAGACCAUGGGAAAGUGCAAUUCAGGCAUGGGAAAAUGAAAAAAAAGAUUAUGUGUUUGGACAAAACCCGCAAUAUGGUAAAGUUGUUGGGCAUUACACUCAGAUGAUAUGGGCAAGCUCCAAUCAGGUUGGCUGUGCUGUUGCUAACUGCCCCAGUUCCUAUUAUAAAUAUUUUUAUGUCUGCCAUUACUGUCCUCCAGGAAAUUAUAUAAAUACCAACCCAUAUACGCCCGGUGCUCCAUGCAGUGCUUGCCCAACAGCAUGUGAAAAAAAUCUCUGCACUCAUCUUUGAAUCUGCCAAGAGAAACAUGCUUCCUAUAACUAAACAUAUAUCUAAAGCAACAAAAGUAUACUUAUUUUAAUACAAUUACGAUAAUCAAAGCAGAUGCUUUAUGAAACCACCGUUAGAAUUUCUUAUUAUAAAAUGUUGACUUUCUAAGACUUUAAAUCAGAAAUAAAAACAUGAUUAUACAAUAUGGAAAUUUAA